UUCUAUUGAAUCGUUUUAUUUCUUCUCAGUCUCUCAUUUUUCUCUUCCCCAGUCGCUCUUAUUCUCUCACUUAACAAUCAUGACUGCUCAAACUCAAGAAGAGCUUCUCGCCGCCCACCUCGAACAACAGAAGAUCGAUCUUGAUGAGCCCACGGUUGAAGACGAAGAGGAUGAUGACGAGGAUGACGAUGAUGAGGAUGAUGAGCAUGAUGAUGUUGAAGGACACCCUGAUGGAAGUGGUAGGUCAAAGCAGAGUAGAAGCGAGAAGAAGAGUCGGAAGGCAAUGUUGAAGCUUGGAAUGAAACCCAUCCCCGGUGUCAGCCGUGUUACCGUCAAGAAGAGCAAGAACAUUUUGUUCGUCAUCUCUAAACCAGAUGUUUUCAAGAGCCCAACAUCAGACACAUAUGUAAUCUUUGGAGAGGCAAAGAUUGAGGACUUGAGCUCACAAUUGCAGACUCAAGCUGCAGAACAGUUUAAGGCUCCUGAUCUCAGUCAAGUAAUCUCCAAACCCGAGACAUCUGCUGCUGCUCAGGAUGAUGAAGAAGUGGAUGAGACAGGAGUGGAACCUAAGGACAUCGAGUUGGUUAUGACUCAGGCUGGAGUAUCCAGGUCAAAGGCUGUGAAGGCUCUCAAGGCUUGUGAUGGUGACAUUGUUUCCGCUAUCAUGGAAUUGACCACCUAGUCAGUUGAAAAAAACAACCUAUAAACAAAAGUUAUCAUGUUUCAGUUUUUAAGUAAUAGAUAGUAUGAAGUGUUUGACAUUUUGUUUCUUUUUUCAUGAGUAUUAUCAGCCAGAAUAUCCUUCUCCGUCCUUUCCCUUUGGUUUGUAUUGUAUCAUUAGUAAAAAGAGCUUCUGUUCGGUAUCUUGUUUUAUGGUGAAAAGAGUCAACAUUUGAGCCUCGAUAGCCAUUAGUUC